UUGCAGCAGCUUGGACAACACGCACCGACUCUCAAUUACCCACUGACGAACGUAGGAAAAAGGGAGAUAUUCUGUCACUUUUUCUUUUUUUUUUUUAACAGAAAUAAAAACAUCUACUGCGCACCAGGAAAAAGCCUUCAUCUGGGGUGUUCAAACUCAUCUCCCUCCUCGCUUCACGUAUCGUUUUAUUCUGUUGGAUUUGCUGUUUUGUAUGCAAGGAGGGAGAGCCCGUCCGAUACACAUUUUCAACACCACAUCGAGGAGAGCCCCCGUUGUUUUCCCUUUUUUUUUUUUUUUAAUCAAUCCGUUAGGUUGUAAGCCCACCCACUUAUGAACUGGCUCACUACCCAAGGGUCUGGCUGGGAGCUGACAGAAGCUGUCCAAAAGUCUACAAAUUGAACCUUUCCAGAGCAGAUCUGAGCCGCGGAGCGAGAGAAAAAAUGAAGGAAAAGAGUCUGAUUGAGACAGCAAAAAUGCAAGGCAACGUUUUGUCGAAAUGGCGUCACUGUAUCAGAGAUUCACCGGCAAGAUCAACACAAACAAAUCCUUCCCUAACCCUCCAGAGGCGAGCCAUCUCCUCGGGCAAGGUGUCGAGGGGGAGAGGGCGGUGGAGAACCAGCGACCCCGGCUUCAGCAUCAGUACCGUCGGCACUCCGAGGACGAGGAUGAGCUGGUGGGCAGUAACCCUCCGCAGAGGAACUGGAAGGGAAUAGCGAUCGCCCUUCUUGUCAUUCUGGUCAUCUGCUCGCUGAUCGUCACCUCCGUCAUCCUGUUGACACCAGGUGAGGAUGACCGCCUGGCUCUUAAGGGCAAGGUGACUGUUGGAGACCUCUUUAGAAAAGACUUCAAGGUUCAUGACCCCAACGCCAAAUGGAUAAGCAGUAACGAGUUAUUGUACCGCAAUCGUGAAGGGGAUGUCGUUAAGUUCAAUGUCGACACCGAUGACAAGACCAUAUUGGUGCAUAACAAGAAGUUUGAAAUGUACAAAGCCAGCAAGUACGAGGUGUCUCCUGACAUGAAGCAUGUGCUGUUGGCCUACAACGUUGCACCGGUGUACCAGCAUUCAUACACGGCCUUCUACAUCAUCUGCAGUCUGGAGACUCCGGAGACGUGGAACCUGAACCCUCCAGAAGUGCGAAAUGCUCAGCUGCAAUACGCAGGCUGGGGACCUCAGGGUCAGCAACUGAUCUUCAUUUUUGAGAACAAUAUCUACUAUCGCUCUACGGUGGAGAGCCGCUCCAUUCGCCUGGUGUCCACUGGCAAGGAGGGCGUCAUCUUCAACGGGCUCAGUGAUUGGCUGUAUGAAGAGGAGAUUUUCCAGUCCCAUAUUGCCCACUGGUGGUCUCCAGAUGGUGCCAGGUUGGCAUACGCCACGAUCAACGACACCCUGGUGCCAAGGAUGGAGUUGCCCAUGUUCACAGGCACGCCCUACCCGAUAGGGAAAGAGUACCACUACCCUAAGGCUGGUGAGGAGAACCCAGUCAUCACUCUGUAUGUCGUGAACCUCAACGGUCCUCUUCACACCAUCGAGAUGAGGAGACCUGAUGAUCCCAGGAUAGGUGAGUACUACGUGACCAUGGUGAAAUGGGCCACCACUACUAAACUGGCCAUCAACUGGCUGAACAGAGCCCAGAACAUCUCUAUACUCACACUGUGUGAGGCCACAACGGGAGUCUGCACGAAGAAACAUGAGGAUGAAAGUGAAGGAUGGCUCCAUAGGCAGAAUGAGAGGCCUCUUUUUUCCAAAGAUGGACUGAAGCUGUUUUUCACCCGCGCCAUUCCUCAAGGAGGCAGGGGCAAGUUCUUCCACAUCUCCAUGUCCAUCUCCCAGCCCAACACCAGUACAGACACGCUGCAGUCCAUCACGUCUGGAGACUGGGAUGUCACCCAAGUCCUGGCCUACAAUGAGGACAGCCAGCUGAUAUACUUCUUGAGCACUGAAGAUGGUCCGAAGCGAAGGCAUCUGUACAGUGCGGACACAUUUGGUUCAUUCAACCGUCGCUGUCUGUCAUGUGCCUUGUCUGACAGCUGUGGCUACAUCAGCGGCUCUUUCAGCCAAAAUAUGAGCUACUUCUUGCUCAACUGCCAAGGCCCGGACAUCCCAUUUGUAUCCAUUUACAAGACACAGAGAGACGGAGAAAGUGAGACACAAGACAGAGAGAGUAUUGCAGAAGUAUAUAAACUGGAGAGCAAUGAGAACCUGAGGCUGACCCUGGACUCUAUGCAGAUGCCCAUUGUGGAGUACAAGGAGAUCAACAUGGAUGACUACACCUUAUCGAUGCAGAUCCUCAAACCCGCCGGCUUCAUGGACACAUCACACUACCCGCUGCUCCUGCUUGUCGAUGGGACACCUGGUGGCCAGAUGGUGUCGGAGCAGUUUCACAUGGACUGGGCCACGGUGCUGGUCAGCAGCUUCGGCGCCAUCGUGGUGCGAUGCGAUGGACGAGGCAGCGGCUUCCACGGCACCAACCUCCUGCACAGGAUCCAGAAGAAGCUGGGCGUGUUCGAGGAACAGGAUCAGAAGGAUGCAAUCAAUAUGAUUCUGAAAGAGCCCUACAUUGACAAAACCAGAGUUGGAGCUUUUGGAAAGGUGUACGGCGGCUAUGUGACCAGUUUGUUGCUCAGUGGGGAGGAAUCUCCUGUAAAAUGUGGUGCUGUCCUCUCACCCAUCACCGACUUUGAAUUAUAUGCCUCUGCUUUUUCAGAGAGAUAUCUCGGACUUCCCAAACCUGAUCCAAGGGCAUACACAAUGGCAAAUUUAGCACACAGAGCGUCUCAGUUCAUGGACAAGAAAUUUCUUAUUAUCCAUCCAACAGCUGAUGAAAAAGUCCAUUUCCAACAUACAGCGAAAUUCAUCGCCCAGCUUAUCAAUGAAAGGGCCAACUACACCUUACAGAUCUACCCAGAUGAAGGCCACUUCAUUCACAGCGAAGCAACAAGGCAGCACCUCAGCCAGUCCCUGGUGAACUUCUUCGAGGAAUGCUUCAGGCUACCUGAAAGAGUGUUUGAGGAGACACUGGAAGAAGAGAGUGAAGACGAGGGUUAGCUUGGCCUCGUUGGGCCCCCCCAAGUCCUUCCUGCCCAUCCAUCCGACCAACCGCCACUCCGUCCACAUGCCCCAAGCACAACACUGGUGUCCAGUCGUCCACGAUAUGCAACUGUCAUUUGUUCUUGCUCCAUUUGUUUUGGUUCGACUCACUGCAUUUGGACUCCCCGUGUCCGCAUGCUGAACCCUGAGACUGCCUUUCCAGCAGACGACAGAUCGACUCCUUUGCCCAUCCUCAUUCCUCAUCUUCUGCUCCGAGUUCCGAUCCAAAAGGCCCUCUAGAGAGCCAACAAAGACUGAUGACCUGACAUGAUGUUUUGGAAUAUACUGAUUGAUUUAACAGGAAGCUGUCUCCCGUACAGCAGGAUGGACCAGCUCCUCAACAGCAGUGGAGAGAAAGCAUCAGCUCUCACACAGACUAUCAAGCUGUAAGGAGAAGGAACACCUUAUAGCACAUAACUCGUGGGCUUGUAUAUUAAUGAAAAUCAGACGCCUGAUGAAAAACACUGGUCGGCAGUGUUCAUAAGGGGUGUCUGGAAUUGUGUGGAUACAGGAAAUGUUACUAUUUUUAAAGUUGUGAAGAACUUUUCAUGUUGGACUGUGGUUGUGUCGAUUGUUCUUACAGUAUGUAAAAUAGCACACAAACAUUCACUCGGCUAUUACGUAUACAUUUUUCCUUUGGUACAUAUGUUCGCCCUGAUGUUGGUUUCAUCUCGUUGCCUCGUUUUAUGUAUUUCAGUGAUGCUGACAGAAUUCUCCAACUGGCAAAAUGUUUGGAAGACGUAAGAAAAAUUGCCAUGGGUUUGUUAUUGUCCUUUUGAGACAAGUUUUAUCGUGACGCUUCAGUUUUAUCACGUCCUUCAAGAAAAAACAAAACAAAAGCAUUAACUUGUUUUAGUCACCUUACUGCCUUACUUUGUCAGAAAAAACAUCCUGCUGCGGGACUGCAUUUAUACACUUCAACAAGGCUAUCCAACUCUAUAAAUAUCAAGCUGCAGCUAGAAGCUGAUUAGUUUAACUUAGCAUAAAAUCUGUCCAAAUUUAAGAAAAUCUGCCUUCCACCACCUCUAAAAUUAUCACGUUAUGUGUCGUUUGUUUAAUACUUUCAAAAAAAAAGUGGAGAAAAAAAAAGACAAGUGGUGCUUUCACAGAGGGAUGUGUGCUGGAAUUUCUGGACGUCAGAUUUUCUUGCCUUUGAACAGAGCCAGGGUAGCUGUCCCCCCCCCUCCGCUUCUAGUCUGCACACUAAGCUAAGCUAAUGGCCAACUCCCAGCAACAAAGCAUAUAGGCAUACUUCCUAAAUCUCAAACUAUUCCUUAAAAUCUAUAGCUUGAAACAUCUUAUACAUCUUUCUAGCACAAGUAAAAAAAAAUUUAAAAAAAGAUAUUUUCAAAAGUUAACACUUGAUUUGGAAACUGUGAAUGGUUUUUAAAAAAUUCACUGAAAAAAAACUACUUUGGAAGUUCCAGCCCCUGCCCCCUUGUAUAACCAAUGACAUCAUUACACCAAGCUAAAAUGUACAGAAUCUGCAUGCAUAAUUGUUUAAAAGACAUUAUUGAAUGGUAAGUAAAGAAAAUUUAUA